ACCCGCCCCUCUCUCACUCCCACUCUUCUCCCACGUACUCUCCUCCUCGAGCGCGCGAUCCCUUCCCCCCAUCGCACGCCCUUUUCCCUCUUUCGUCUUCUUCCUCCUACGAUCGUCGCCCCUCCGAGAUCGAAAGAAGAAGAAGAAGACGACGACGACGAGAAAGAAGAAGAAGAAGAAGAAGAAGAAGAGCUCGAGCGAUCCCUCUUCGUCCGAUCACCACUCCGAUCUUCGAGUUCUUUGAUUCGAGCUCGAAAGAAGAGGAGGAGGAGGAAGCUCUCGAUCGAUCCUGCUUCCUCCGAUCGAUAUCCCCUCUCCGACCUUCGAAGCGAGAAGAAGAAGAGGAGGAGGAGGAGCUUGAGUUGCGAUGAUCGUGUCGGCUUUGGCGACGUCGGUGGGGAUCAACCUCGGCCUCACCGUCCUCCUCUGCGCGCUCUACUCCGUCCUCCGGAAGCAGCGGGGGAACCUCGAGGUGUACGCGCCGCGGCUCGUCGCCGAUGGGAGGGCGCGCCAGCCGAGCCAGUUCAACAUCGAGAACCUCCUCCCCUCAACCGGUUGGGUCCGCCGCGCAUGGGAUCCCUCCGAGGACGACCUCCUCGGAGCCUCCGGCCUCGAUGGCGUCGUCUUCAUGAGGAUCUUCAUCUUUAGUUUGCGAGUGUUCUCUGUUGCCGCGGUUGUAGGAAUAUUUAUUCUUCUUCCGGUUAAUUAUCUGGGGGAUCAGCUGCGCGACAUUGACUUCUCCGAUAUCCCGAACAAAUCGCUGGAUUUGUUUACCAUUUCAAAUGUGAAGGAUGGUUCGAACAGGUUAUGGUUUCACUUCUCUGCUGCAUAUCUUAUCACCGUAAUAGUGUGCUAUCUACUGUAUUCUGAAUACAAGUAUCUAUCUAGUAAGAGGAUCGCCCACUUCAUUGCAUCCAAACCGCUACCGCAUCACUUCGCCAUUCUUGUCCGUGGUAUACCAUUGCGUGAUGGAAGUUCUAUCAGUGAUACUGUUGAGAGUUUCUUCAUGGAGUACCAUCCUUCUACAUACUUGUGCCACACUGUGGUUCAUCAAACAAGCAAACUUCGACGCCUCAUCACUGAUUCCGAGAAUCUUUAUAGAAGACUGACUGACUUGAAAUCCAGUCCACGUACUCCUGAAAACCACAGAAAUGGCGGCAUUCUUGGAUUGUUUGCCAAAAAAAAAGAUCUUUUGGGCAGUUAUGAGAAGAAAUUGGAAGAUCUUGAAGAAAAUGUGAGAGUAGAACAGUCAGAUAUAUCUGUGACAAAAGAGGAAAUUCCAGCAGCCUUUGUUUGCUUCAAAUCUAGGUAUGGUGCUGCAACUGCUCUUAAAAUUCAACAAUCGGACAAUCCUAUAGAAUGGGUAACAGAGGAAGCCCCUGAACCAAAUGAUGUUUACUGGCCUUUCUUUUCUACGUCAUUCAUGCAAAGAUGGAUUUCUAAGCUGGUGGUCUUUGUGGCAUCUAUAUUCCUAAUUAUUAUUUUCCUCUUAGUUGCUGCCUUUGUUCAAGGGCUUACUUAUUUGGAACAGCUAGAGACAUGGCUGCCCUUCCUUAAGGACAUACUGAAGAUAACUGUUGUGAGUCAAAUAAUUACUGGGUAUCUUCCCAGUCUCAUUCUUCACGUUCUUUCCUCUUAUGUGCCUCCAAUCAUGAAGCUUUUUUCCACCAUGCAAGGAUAUAUAGCUACUAGUCAGAUUGAGAAAAGUGCGUGCGACAAAAUGCUCUGGUUUGUUAUAUGGAGCAUCUUCUUUGCAAAUGUUCUAACAGGAUCAGCUACCAGUCUACUUCAGAUAAUUCUUGAUCCGAAGGAGAUUCCCGUAAGACUAGCUGUUGUUGUACCAGCACAGGCCUCCUUUUUCAUUGCGUAUGUGGUGACAUCAUGGACUAGCUUAUCUUCAGAGCUCACUCGAACUAUGGCUCUUAUUUGUAAUUUGAUAGGGAAGCAUUGUUCAUGUAAGAGUGAUGAGGAUGAUGAAUUUCAGAUACCAUCUAUCUCUUACCACAGUGAAAUACCUAGGAUUCUCUUAUUUGGGCUGCUUGGUCUCACAUACUUUAUUUUAGCUCCACUUAUUCUGCCAUUUAUACUGGUCUUCUUCUGCAUUGGAUACAUCAUCUAUCGCAAUCAGCUUUUCAAUGUCUACUCACCCAAGUAUGAUACUGGUGGAAGAUUUUGGCCCAUCGUGCACAAUACCACAAUAUUUUCUCUUAUACUUAUGCACCUAGUUGCUAUCGGAAUAUUCGGGCUUAAAAAGGUUCCUCUCGCGUCAAGCUUGAUUCUACCACUUCCCGUGCUUACGCUCCUGUUUAAUGAAUAUUGCAGAAAACGCUUUCUGCCUAUUUUCGAAGCUUAUUCUGCCGAGACAUUGAUAAAGAAAGACAGAGCAGAUCAGAAUGAUCCAACCAUGGGAGAGUUCUUUGAUAAGUUGGUCACUGCAUACCGCGACCCAAUUUGGAUGCCAAUUCGCCACUCCCCGUUCUCAAAUGAGCAUAACUCCCCUCUGCUACAUUCUUCAUAGAUAGAAGUAAGUUCUGACCCUUAGCAACUAUUGAGCUCCUCAGUGAUGAGUAUUGGUGGUUUUGAUCGGCAUUUGAAUCUUACGGAAGUGGUACUGGCUUACUGAACCAUGCUUCCAUCUGGUUCGAACCCUUUCGUCACUGUAAGUAGAUGGUUUUGUGUGUAUCCUUCCUGUCAGGUCAUGUGCAGCCAAAGGACGGGUGCUCGUGAGAGUGCCAAUGUUGUGCCACUAUAUAGCUAUGGAAGGUAAAAGAGAAGCAUUUUCAUGAAAUGCUUCUAGUUGCAAGAGCCUUGUAAUUUUAGGGUAGAACAGGGAUAUGGGGGUUUGUUUAGGGCCUUGUUGUUCCGUUCCAUGAAGUUUUCACAGCUCGUCGUUUUAGCUUGGAGCUAAUCGUAUGAACUGCUUAUCUUCUUGAUGAGUGUGCCGCUAUGAGAAACAGGACGUUAUAGCAGGCAUGUAGUGUUGAGUAGAGUUGUCUACUUUUUUUUCUUUCUUUAUUUUACGUCCUUGUUUAAGUCCUUAUAUCUUUCUAUUCUACCACACUACCUUAAUUUUCUGCUUA